AUGCAGGAUUUGGAAACCCUGCGAAGGGGAGGCUACCGCGACCAAGGCCUCCAGAAGCUUAAACUCGCUGGGCCUUUGAAUGGAUUCCCCCGCGAGAUUCUAGACCUGGCCGACACCCUUGAGCAUCUUGAUCUCUCAGGCACUGGCCUCUCAAGCCUUCCCGAGGACUUUGGCCAACUGCAGAAGCUCAAGGUCGCCUUUUUCUCGGAUUGCUACUUCACCGUCUUCCCCAGGCAACUCGCAGCAUGCCCCGAGCUCGAGAUGGUGGCUUUUCGAUCCAACGGCAUGACGACCAUACCGGAAGACGCAUUGCCGCCCAAGCUUCGCUGGCUCAUUCUCACCAACAAUCGUAUCGAGGCACUGCCCAGGGGCAUUGGCCGCUGCUCGCGCCUCCAGAAGUGCAUGCUUGCUGGCAACAACCUCACCAGCCUGCCGGGUGAGAUGUCGGCAUGCCGCAAGCUCGGCUUGCUUCGUCUGUCUGCCAACAAAUUCGCCGACUUGCCGCCCUGGCUCUUUGAGAUGCCCGAACUCGCCUUCCUGUCGGUUGCGGGCAACCCAUGCUGCGCUGUGAGCCUCGCGGAGGAGCUUGCCCUGCUUCGCAAGGUGAGUUGGCACGAUCUUGAGAUUGGUGGUCUGCUUGGCCAUGGAGCUUCUGGCGACAUCUUCGAGGCGAGGUGGAUGGUAGCCGACGCAGUAAUGGAACAUGUGGCCGUGAAGCUGUUCAAGGGCGAAGUGACGAGCGAUGGGACGCCUCUCGAUGAGAUGGCCGCAUGUCUGGCCGCGGGCUCGCACGACAACCUUAUCAGCACUCUCGCGAGCAUCCAAGACCACCCUGAGAAGCACGGGCUGGUCAUGCAGCUCAUCCCGCCUCACUACCAGGCACUUGGUCUUCCGCCUUCGUUGCAGACCUGCACUCGAGACAGAUACGAGCCGGAAAAAUCACUGUCUCUCGAGACCGUCUUGGAGGUCCUCCGCGGAGUCGCCGCGGCCGCGCGUCACCUGCACCAAAGGAAGGUCUCCCACUGCGACCUGUACGCUCAUAACAUACUCUUCAACGAGACGGGCCAUGCGAUGCUCGGCGAUUUUGGCGCGGCGACAAUCUACGAGCACCUCGACAGGUUUGACUUUGAAAAGCUAGAGGUGCUCGCAUUUGGCCAUCUCGUGGAAGACAUGCUUGGGUUGGUAAAUAUCGGAGAUGAGGAUGGUGGCGGGCACAAGGCUCUUCAGGAGCUGCGGGCGCUGCACACUCUUUGUUCAACUUCGAUUGUACGUGAAAGACCGACUUUCGCGGAAGCAUUGGGAGAGGUGGAGUCGAUUACCAGCCGGUAA